GGCAGGGCGGGGCGGCCCCGGCCCGGCCCGGCCCGAGCGCGGCGUCCGCAGCGGCGGCUCUGGCUGUCAGCAGCGCCCGGAGCGGCCAUGGGGCAGCGCGGCCGCCGGGGCCCCUGAGACCCGCCGCGCCGCGGCCCCGGCGCCGCCAUGGAGCUGGAGCCGCCCGCAGAACUCCCGGAGCCCCGCGCUGCCGCUAAGGGACCGCCCCGCAACGCUACAGAUGUGGAGCAGAUGAGUUCCUCCUCUCCUGUCCUUCCUAUGAACUCCAUGGGCAAUGAGCGGGUAGAUCAGCGAACCUGCCUGAUCUGCGGGGACAGAGCGACGGGGCUGCACUAUGGGAUCAUCUCCUGCGAGGGCUGCAAGGGGUUCUUCAAAAGGAGCAUCUGCAACAAGCGGGUUUACAGAUGCAGUCGGGACAAGAACUGCGUCAUGUCACGCAAACAGCGCAACAGAUGCCAGUACUGCCGCCUGCUCAAAUGCCUCCAGAUGGGGAUGAACCGGAAAGCAAUCAGAGAAGAUGGCAUGCCAGGAGGCAGAAACAAAAGCAUCGGACCUGUCCAGAUAUCAGAGGAAGAGAUUGAGAGAAUUAUGUCUGGGCAAGAAUUUGAGGGAGAGGCGAACAUGUCAUGGAGCAACAACGGAGACAGUGACCAUAGUUCCCCUGGAAAUGGAGUUUCUGAGAGCAACCAGCCUUCACCCGUUUCUACUCCAUCUUCAAGUAGGUCCGUGGAGCUGAAUGGAUUCGCUGCACUCAGGGAUCAGUAUAUCGGGACACCGGUGUCCACGCACUAUCAGUACCUCCCGCACCUUUUUAGCUACUCUGCUCACUCGGCUCUGAUGCCCCCCCAGACGCGCAGCCUGGACCCCCAGUCGCACAGUCUUAUCAAUCAGUUGGUGUCAGCAGAGGACCUGGAGCCGCUCGGCACGCCGAUGCUCAUCGAGGACGGGUAUAAAGUGACUCAGGCAGAGCUGUUUGCGUUGUUGUGUCGUCUGGCGGAUGAGUUGCUUUUCAGGCAGAUUGCUUGGAUCAAGAAGCUGCCGUUCUUCUGUGAACUCUCCAUCAAGGACUAUACCUGCCUGCUCAGCUCUACAUGGCAGGAGCUCAUCCUGCUCUCCUCACUGACCGUUUACAGCAAGCAGAUCUUUGGUGACCUUGCAGACGUCACCUCCAAGUACUCUCCCUCUGAUGACGAGCUGCACAGAUUCAGUGAAGAGGGGAUGGAGGUGAUGGAGCGGUUGAUCUACCUCUUUCGCAAAUUUAACCAGUUGAAGGUCAGCAAUGAGGAGUAUGCGUGUAUGAAAGCCAUUAACUUCCUAAAUCAAGACAUCAGGGGUUUGACCAAUGCAUCCCAACUGGAGCAGCUGAAUAAGCGGUACUGGUAUGUUUGCCAGGACUUCACAGAGUACAAAUAUCCACACCAGCCAAACCGUUUUCCGGAUUUAAUGAUGUGUUUGCCAGAGAUACGAUAUAUUGCAGGAAAAAUGGUGAAUGUUCCCCUGGAGCAGCUGCCUCUCCUGUUUAAGGCUGUUCUACAUUCCUGCAAGACGAGUGUGAGCAAAGAGUGAGCCCAGCUCGGCCCGGCCGGUGCCUUACGCUGUGCCUCGGGCAGGGAGCUGGCUCACCCCGGGAGAGGGGCAAACGUGAUCCAGGCAGGAGACAGGGCAGUGGUGUCCCUGCCGUUGUAGCAAGAAUCUUUUGUUUGUUUGUUUUUUGUUUUUUUUUUUUUUUAACUCUUUUUCCUAUAUAUUUAUUUCACGACAGAGUUGAAUGUAUGAUCUUCAACACGAUGCACAUGGUUCUGUAUGAAUGCAGCAGAUGCAUUCUCCAGCGGUUUACAGAAUGUGAAGAUGUUUAAUGUUACAGUGUUUGUUAGGGUUAGUUCUUUUGUAUUUGGGGGCUUGGGACCAAGAUGACUAAGACUACCUCAAGGAGAAGAUGCUGUUUGUGCACUGCUCUUUCCAUGAUUUGUAUCCAAAAGCGUUUGUCAUAGAGAGCAAAUGGCCUCACUGCAUCGACAGAGCUGUUAGUAUCCCAGAUGGACGAUUUUGGAGAAGUGGGUGUUAGAGAAGUGCCAAGCUUUUUGUCUUUAAAUAUAAUAAUAAUUUUUAAAAGGCAGGGAGUGGAGAAGAAGGAAAAGUCUGUCUAGCCAGUUGGUUUCUUUUCCCCAGGCAGUUUUCAGGUGCAGGUUUAGCUCCUGCGGUUUCCCUGAAUCCUGCCCCAGCGGGAUCAUAAUAUUCCCAAGCUGCAAGGGGCUUAGUGCUCCUGUCCUCUCCUGGGAGCUGCAGGAGUGGGUUCUGCCCCAACCCCAGCCUGACCCACUGGCCUCUCACUGUUGCUGCAGCACUUCUCCAUUCGACUGAAACUGCGUUGCUGCAGUUCGUAGCAGGCUCCUGGUGUUAUACAAAGGUACUCUUGUUGCUAGAGAACUGAAAGUAAUUUCUCCUCACUUCCUUAACAUUCAUUUUAAGUUCACAAAAGCAGGAAAAACCUACUUAGAGAAGAGGCAGGAUUGCCCCUUUUAGUGUGUUCCUCCAGGGUGGUAUCUGACUACUGAGGAGGCUUCUGCAUUGCAGCAGUCCUGAGCAGUCUGUUUCUGGGAACAGUUAAUGUACCCUGUGGUUCAGUGUGACCCGAAAUGGGGCAAGGGACUCCAGUGUCUGCUGGGAUGGCUUUCUCUGCUGGACUCAGGGAAUGCAUGAUCCAUACUCAUAUCCUGCCAGGACUGUUUUGCUGCUUGUGGAAUUCCUUCUGCCAGGAAAAUGCUAUUAAUGCAGUACUUGGUAAACUGUUCUGUCCUAGGUGUUGCAAGGCUUGGAUUUUCCAUCUCGCAACCUCCACACCACUCCCCUGCAUGGAGAGCUGGGUUAAUGACAACUGGUUAGCUGUUUGAGCAAUUGCUAAGUGCUGUUGUUUUCUAAACUUGGGUAUUCUUAUGAGUAACAUCAUGGCUUCCAGCUCGUGGUGGUGGUGAGGUUGGAUGAGACACCUUGUUCUCAUCUCCUUCAUUAAGAAUUAACGUUCAAAGACUCAGUCACUCUCCUAGGCAGCUGUGUUGCCCUGGCUGGAUUUCCUUCCCUGUGUCCUUAGAUAUGAAUCUGAUGUAGCAAGAGGGUUCAUCAACAAAUGUUUGAAUGCUAUUUUUAAAAUACUUUGGGAAACAACUUCUGUUUCUUCAGGGUAAGAGGGACCAGUUGCUACCUUUUUGUCUUGUGCUGACGAAGGCACAAAGUGAGUACUGCUCAGAGGUACUGAAGCUGCUGUGAGAUGAAUGUGAUGGUGAACAGGAGAAAAAUCUCAAUUCACCAAAGUAGUCUUUCGUUCCCCUUCACCCAGCGGGUGCUCCCUUGGUUGCAGCCCAAGAGAUGCUGUGACCCACUGGCUUGGCACAUCUCUGGCUUAGUCGGCAGCCGUGGUCUCACCCAGGACUCACGGCGGCAAUCCCGCUUGGGCAUCUUCCAGCUUGAUGGUUUCCCUUUCCUAGAAGUCCACUAGCUGCUCAUUUUUCACUAUUUAAAUAGGAUGUUACGGGUAAGAGCUGCUGGGCCCAGCAGCAGUUCAGCUUGACAGAGCUCCACAAUCCAAAGGUGGUUCCGUGAAUCUCAUUUACUUUCUCACUGUCAAAUGGGACAAGCAAGUAUUUCUCAGGAAAGCCUUCUGCAUACAUACCUCAAGUGUAAAUGGGAAGAUGUUAGUAUAUCUGUUUGUAAGUUAGGAAGUAUUUCUCAGCUUUUAAGUUUGAUUUCCAAAUAGCUUGAUAUGAUCUUUUUAUUACGGGUUAUCUUCUGGCUCGCUGUUUUAUACACUCAAGGAACUGUUACAAUUGCAUAGGAGUAAUUCUAUUCUGCAGUUACUGAAUUAUUAUGAUCUGUUGGUGAAUAAGAGUUUGUUUUAAUUAGUGUACAUAAAAGUGGUCAUCAUAUUGCCAAAUAUCGGACAAAAAUAAUCUAUUAGGUAUUCUGUGUUUAUCCAAAAUAGACUCCCAAGACUAAUGCUGUACCAACAAUGACGAAAACCCCUAAAUUCAUUUCUGAUGAUGAAUGGACAAGAAUGUUCUACUUUCUGUUGUAUGAAGCAAAUUUUACAAAGGUUGAUUGGCAGCAGCAUCCGUUUCCAAAUAACCCAUUUGUUUUAGGGAGUAGAAAAGCCUUGCUAAACUGACAAGUAAGGAAAAAGCUAAAGUAUCAAACCAGAAUCUAGCUCACCGGACAGUCAUUCUUAAUAUCUUCUGCACCAAGUCCUCUAAUGACUUGUAUUUUUUAAACAGGGUAAAGUGAAUGUGUUGCAUUGCAAACUCAGGUAUUAUGAGAAGGUAGGAAUGUAGCUAGAGAUGUAGAGACGUUAGGUCAGUCACUAGAUGUAUUUGUGAAUUUGGUUUGAAGGACACCCUGGAAAGGUUGGAAUUUUUGUUCCAUUCUUCACGUAACAUUCAGUUUACAGGGACUCAUAUUUUAUUUGUGCUUAAUGCUAGUAGGGGGAAGUUCAUUAUCUUUGGUAUCUAUCUGCUCUUGCUUAUCUGACCUUCUGUCAUAGAGGAAUCAAUCAACAAUAAUAGUCUUUGGUAGAAUUUUCUGCCAUGACAAGUCAAUUUUUAUCCCCGAUUUGAAAGAUAAAUUGGCUGACUGACCCCCUCCUCUCCUUCAUAGCAUUUGUGCAGGUGGAAGGCUGAAGAGUUACUUUUAAUCCGAACAGAGAUUUGGGACAUAAAUUUGAAGAGCUCAGGCUCACGCAUUCAGAAGGGCUUUGCUGAGGUGUCCUAGUUGCUGUUUUACAGGUUGGAGCUGGUCACCCAGUGCAGAGAACAGAGCAGAAACUGGUGCUCCAGCUGAUGGGGCUGAGUCCCAGUGCAAGUGGCCAGACUCUGGGACCUGAACAAAAGCUUUUUGAAAGCAACUGAGUUUUCUUCCACUGCCUGCCUUUGGGUCAGGCUGCUGAGUCUUGACCCCACUGUGUGUGUCAGUAGCGAGUCCUUGUCCUCAGCGUGCCCAGCCCCUCGAGAGGGCUGGGGGACAACCAGGGUGCUCAGAGGUGCCAGGUACCCCGAAACUGAUGGGCUCUGGGCAGGGCAAAACCGCUGCAGCAGGAGGUAACUCUCCAGCCAUUUUGCAUGUGCAUUAACUACUUUCUAAUUGUUAAUAAUGCGGUCGUGUUCAUCAUUCUCAUCUGCCUGCUAGCCCGCAGAGCUGUGCAGAGCUACUGCAUGCUUUGGGUCAGUGGUGUGCAGCUCUGGAUCCUUCUGUACCUCAAAUCCUGAGCUCCCAUCACCCAAACACUAAAGGGGAACAUGGUAUUUUUAGGGUGAUCAGUGCAAAGCAGUCAGUCGCAUUGACAACUGCAGGAACACCCGUUUUCCUGGUGUUCUGGUGUUGCUUUGGAGUGAGCCUGUCGGAGCAAGCAGAGCUCUGGGCACUGCAGUGUGUCUGCAGGGCUGCUCUUGCUCCCGGGGGGAGCCCUGGGUGGUUGUGCCCUCACCCUGCUGUUGCCCAUAAGGCUCAAGCUCACAUCAGUGUCACUCGCUGCCCGUCCCUCCCUCUGCCACACACAUCAGAUCUUGCUCUUCAGGCCUCUGCACAGAACACAGUCGCCUCAGGUGAAGGAGUUUAAGUCUUGUCCUUCAAACCAACCUUUUUUUAAAAAAACUUGAAUUUCUUUUACCUUUACUACAUCUUUUUAAAUGAAAAAAAUGGAAAAAAAAAAAAAGAUCUCCUGUGAAUGUGCUAUUUACCGUUCAUUCUUUCUUCUUUCUUGGUUUUGAUUUGAAGCUAUGAAGCUUGGUGUCUGUGAAAAUGUUGUUCUUUCUCAGGAUAAUAAGCGGCAAUCAUCCCUGCCACAUAAAAGGCAGGAGAAAGGGGGAAACUUGGGGAACUAGUUUAAGUAUGAAGCUAAUUUUUAAGUUGUAGAUGAUGUGUAAAUCAAGGGUAAUACAUGGGAUGUCAGUAUCAAGCUGUGGCGUUUCUCUGGGUUCACGGUGUGUUGUUUGCAAUACACAGAAGCUCAGGGAUAAGUAUUUAAAAUGUGACCCAGAGAAACCCUAGUUUUGAUGUUGCAACUCUUGCUUCUUUCAUGACUUGUUUGGAGGACCCAUUAGAAGCUGAAUAAAGCCCCAUAUAGAGAUUUUGGGGGGGAAAACUUUUGCUUUGGCAUGUGGGAAGUUUGCCUACUGAAGGCUUAGGUGUGCCCUAAUGGUUGAAGCAUCCCGAAGGAGCACGUUGCUGUUUGGGCUGUUGCAAGGGGAGCUGCAGGGAGAGCAGGUUUUGGUAACUACACGUUUCUGCUGAAGGCACAUCAGCUCCCAGGGCUGGGAGAGGUUUGUCUGUAUUUCCACAUUACCUCAUCCUUCUGCCUUAUGUGUUUGAGUGCUCGUGGAAAAGGGGAAAAUGGGAAUUUCUCAGUAUGUCCCUGGCAGCCAGUCACAGUGUUUUCUGCGCUCAGUUUGUUGCUUGUGAAUUAGAGCAUCUUAAUUUCCAGUGUGUAUAGAUUUAUCAUUAUGGAUCAGUCAGGUUGUAGAUUCAGACUGCUUGAGAAAGGGGCUAAAGUGUGAAACUGGUUCAGUUACAGCUGGUGCCAGCACUGACCGAGAGUCAGGAAAACUUUGCAGGGCUGAAAACCACCUUCCCAGCACUCUCAGUGGUCAGGAUCUGCGGAUCCGAGUUUCAGCCAGCCCUCCAAAAAGCUGGUGAGGCCAAUCCAGGCCAUUAUAUUCCCCUUGAAAAAAAUGAAAUUGAAAAGAGCUCGUGUACAGCUGACCUCUAACAAGUCUAUGAAAGAAGCAACAUGGUUCAGUGGAAGAAAUGCCCCCAAGGGCAAAAAGAAACAGAAAUUGAAACCAGAUGACGAUCAACCUUAACAAAGCCUUUUGUGAUUCAUUGUUUUCUUUCAAUUUAUAAAAUGUCUUGUAAUAGUUGAUAACAUUAUUGACUCAAUUUCCAUAACUAAACUACCUCGUGUGACAUCCUGUUUAUCAUCUCAAAGGGAUUGUGUGAAAAACAAAAUACUGCCAGUGUUUGAAGACCAGGGGGGUGAUUGUGGAGUUUUGUUUCCCUUCCCAUGGGUUGUGGCUUGGUUCCUAUUACUGCCACAGCAUUUCAACCUGCUGGUGAUGGUUUUGACUUGGACUCCCAGCCCCAAAGAAGGUGUUGGGCUGUGCACACCGUGCUUUCACCUAGCACUGAUGUGCCAUGGUGGUGACCACUGUCACCACUGCCACAAUGAGCCACUGUUCACAGGGCGAGCAGUGUCCUGUGGCUGUAUGUGACAGUGAGGCAGUGUCUGUGACACUACAGGGGAAGGCUGAGCUCCAGCGUCCUUCCCAGUGGAGCACAGCUCCUGUCUGCAGCCACAGGGCAGGACGUGGCUCUUGCCGGUUUGGCUUUUGUUAGUGCCCAUCAAGCCACUGUUCCAGCUCUGUCCUGGUGCAGACACAAUGCAGAGGCUGCAUUUGUAGCCUGGACCUUGCAGAGCCCUUGUGUACGUCCUGGGUGUAAGUGUGCUGAAGGAGGAAGCGGGUCCAGUUUGCUGCAUGUGCUAGUGUCAGCCCAUUGUUGGUUUGUGGGAUGUUUCCAAGAUGGUUUGGUCCCGGUCUCCGGUUCCUUCCGCUGUUGUUCCAAGUGAUGGUUUCUUCCAGUAAAACACUUCAUUUUUCCCACAAUCCCUUGUGUAAAUCAGGGAAGCAGGAUGUUGCCUCGGCAUGACACACGGUGAACGUUGGCACGCUCAGAGCCAGGGCUGGGGCAGGAGACUGUGUCCGGCCACUGCCACCCUCACCCACAGUGCCCGAGGAGGAGCGGGUCCCAUGUGGCACCUCUCGGGAGCAGCCUCCCCGUCACUACACUAUGACCAAAUGAAUGUCUCUGCUGGCACGUCUCGGGCGCGCCGUGGCACAGCCGGUCCCCCUUGUGCAGUGGGACCGGCGCGGGUCAGUGUCAGCCUGACCUGCCCCUGCUCCGCUGCUCUGCUCUGUGACUUGACUACCUGUGGAAAUGUGACCAAUAAGUGUUGAACGCAUGUGUAGCGAGUGUUAGCUGUAUGAACUAAUAAAUGUGAAUUGUUCUGCA